GCCCGGGAGGAAGUUCUGCCGGGUGCUCUCCGCUGGUGCCUCCCUCGCUAUAUUGUUGAACAGGAAACAGGGCAGCACGGGAGCUGGGCGGUGGAGGAGGGAGCGCCGGACGCCAAGCCCCCGCGCGCCAGCCUGGACAAGUGGAGAGUCGGGGAUGGAGCCAAGGGUCGGGUCCCCUCCCCACCCAGCCCGUGACCCUGCGCUCCGGUGAGCGUCCCUGCCGUGGGAACCCCGCUCCAAGUUUUUCCAGGCCCCGCUGAGCUGCGUCGGGAAAGGUCUAGGGAGGACGGCGAUGGGCCCGGAACAGCUUGCCAGCUCCUGCUCCCGGAGGUCUCUCCAGCCUAGCCCUUGGAAGCCCCGCCCAAGGAGAUGGCAGGGACCUAAACUUCAUCCAUCUGCCGGCUCCGCCCAGCCAGCCCAUGGGGUUGGUGAGGCCCGCCCUGCCGACGGAAACGCCGCGGCCGCGAUGGCAGCGGACGUCGAAGGGGACGUGUACGUGCUGGUUGAGCAUCCCUUUGAGUACACGGGCAAGGACGGGCGCCGUGUUGCCAUACAGCCCAACGAGCGCUACCGGCUGUUACGCCGCAGCACGGAGCACUGGUGGCAUGUGCGGCGCGAGCCGGGCGGCCGCCCCUUCUACCUGCCGGCGCAGUAUGUGCGCGAGCUGCCAGCGCUCGGCCACCCUGCUCCCGCCCCGCCGCUGCCCUCACCCCUCCCGGGUCCCGCAACCCCCGAACCGCUAGCCUACGACUACCGCUUCGUGAGCGCUUCAGCGCCCGCCGGCCCCGACGGCUCGCCCGCCGACCCCCGGGGCCGCGCAGGCUCCCUGUGCGGCUUGGCUCGGCGUGGCACCGCGACCCAGCGCCGCAGCCUGGCUCCGGGCCUGCCCGCCUGCCUGUACACGCGGCCCGCGGCGCCCGUGCGGCCUGCGCAGUCCCUGGACGACCUCGCGCGCAACGCCGCCGCGCCCCCUGCCGGCCUCCUCGGGAGCCGGGGCAGCUUUAAGGCCUGCAGCGUGGCAGGCUCGUGGGUGUGCCCGCGGCCCCUGGCGCACAGCGACUCUGAGAAUGUCUAUGAGGCCAUCCAGGACGUGCGUGGCCCGCCACAGGAGCAUCGACCGGAACAGGUGGACGACCCCCCGGAGCCCGUGUACGCGAACGUAGAGAGGCAGCCUCAGAUCACAUCGCCGGGUGCCGCCCCAGACCCCUGCCCCGGCCCGGUGUGGGAAACACACACGGACGCGAACACUGGGCGCCUCUACUACUACAACCCGGACACAGGCGUGACCACCUGGGAUUCGCCCUUUGAGGCUGCCGAGAGCACGGCCAGCCCGGCCACCUCCCCAGCCUCGGUGGGCAGCCACGAGAGCCUCGAGACCGAGUGGGGCCAGUACUGGGAUGAGGAGAGCCGCAGGGUGUUCUUCUACAACGCGUUGACAGGCGAGACGGCCUGGGAGGACGAGUCCGAAGACCAGCCUGAGGACGAGCUGGAGAUGCAGCCAGGCCUGAGCCCUGGCAGCCCCAGGGACCAGAGGCCCCCCACCCCCGAUACGGACUACCCCGAGUUGCUCACCAGUUACCCUGAGGAGGACUAUUCCCCCGUGGGCUCCUUCAGUGAGCCCGGCCCUGCCUCUCCUCUGGCCACACCCCCAGGCUGGUCUUGCCACCUGGGCCCAGAUGGGCAGAAGCUCUACAUCAACAACUUCACCCAAGAACAGUGGGUGAGGUUGGAGGACCAACAUGGGAAGCCUUACUUCUACAACCCAGAUGAUGCCUCUGUUCGGUGGGACCUGCCCCAGAUCCCUGUCCCUGCCCCUCGACGCAUCCACAGAUCCAGCCAGGACAGUGAGACCCCAGCCCAGGCCAGCCCCCCUGAGGAGAAGGUCAAGACCCUGGAAAAAGCAGGUGUGCUCCAUCGCACCAAGACGGUGGACAAGGGAAAGCGGCUCAGGAAGAAGCACUGGAGUGCCUCCUGGACAGUGCUGGAGGGCGGUGUCCUGACAUUCUUCAAGGACUCGAAGACCUCAGCUUCAGGCGGCCUGAAGCAACCUUCCAAGCUCUCCACCCCUGAGUACACAGUGGAGUUGAAGGGGGCCUCUCUUGCCUGGGCCCCCAAAGACAAAUCCAGCAAGAAGAAUGUGCUGGAGCUGCAGAGCCGAGAUGGCUCAGAGUACCUGAUCCAGCAUGACUCGGAGGCCAUCAUCAGCACCUGGCACAAGGCCAUUGCCCAGAGCAUCCAGGAGCUGUCCACAGACCUGCCUCCUGAAGAGGAAAGCGAGAGCAGCAGCGUGGACUUCGGGUCCAGCGAGCGCCUGGGAAGCUGGCGGGAGGAUGAGGCGAGGCCCAGUGCAGGUGUGCUUAGGGCUGCGCAGGCCCCAGGGCCCGGAGGCCAGGAGGGCGACUUGAGCAAGGUCCGGUACAAGCUCCGCAAGUUCCUGCUGAGGCGGCCCACGCUACAGUCGCUGAGGGAGAAGGGCUACAUCAGAGACCAGGUGUUCGGCUGUGCACUGGCCACACUGUGCGAGCGUGAGAGGAGCCCAGUGCCGCACUUCGUGCAGCAGUGCAUCCGCACCGUCGAGGCCCGGGGGCUGGAUAUUGACGGUCUGUACCGCAUCAGUGGAAACCUGGCCACCAUCCAGAAGCUGCGCUAUAAGGUGGACCACGAUGAACGUCUGGACCUGGACGAUGGGCGCUGGGAGGACGUCCACGUUAUCACUGGGGCCUUGAAGCUCUUCUUUCGAGAGCUGCCGGAGCCCCUAUUCCCCUUCUCACACUUCCGCCAGUUCAUUGCUGCCAUCAAGCUGCAGGACCAGGCCCAGCGCUACCGCUGUGUGCGUGACCUGGUGCGCUCGCUGCCCGCCCCCAACCAUGACACACUGCGGCUGCUCUUCCAGCACCUGUGCCGGGUGAUCGAGCACGGGGAACAGAACCGCAUGUCUGUGCAGAGCGUGGCCAUAGUGUUUGGGCCCACGCUGCUGCGGCCCGAGACGGAGGAAACCAGCAUGCCCAUGACCAUGGUGUUCCAGAACCAGGUGGUGGAGCUCAUCCUGCAGCAGUGCUCAGACAUCUUCCCACCACACUGACCAUGGGCCCCCACCCCGACCCCGCUGCUGGUGCUAGGAACCCGGGAGUGGGAUGGGCUACAGUGGUCCUGCAUACAUGCUGGGUGGCUGGAGGCCAUGCUGCUGGACUCUAUGUCUGAGAACCUCUGCCUCCUACUCAGUCCGCAGGCCAGAGUGAGUUCUGCAUCCCUUGGUUCUGAGGGUGUGGUGACCGCUUGAGAGCAGUUCGCAAAAUGUGAUUUUCACCCCCCUGAUUGGUCUGUUUAGGGGUUAACUGGAUUCUGUUCUUUAUAACAGCAUCACCAACUGUGCACAUGACAGAAUGCGGGGUUGGGGGAGAGUGUUGUCUGGGACCACCCUUGGUGGAAGGAGGAAUUUGACUGAGGGGUUUCCUGACUUCCUCAGGCCUGCAUCUGGUUGAGGCCCUCACAGACACCCUGUGGGUUCCCGGCCCUGUGCAUGGCACUGUGUCCAUCAUGAAGCAGCAGUAGACAACUUCCCUGCUGCAGAAACAGGACUGACCCCACCCAGCCUGCUGCAGGCAGCUGAACCUGCCUUUCCCCAGGCUUCCGGGCUGAAGCUCCUGCCCAAUAACUAGCUGACUGUGGACCAUUUUCAUCUACUUUUGUUCGGGGUUCUGGGCCUCUGCCCUCCCUGAUCACUUGUGCUCUGUGCAAGGGGUUCUUCCGAGUUACUAAAUGUGUGCCCUGCACUUGACACUUCACAUGCACCAUUUCCAUUUGCAGCCCCAUUUUAUGGAUGAGGAAGCUGAAGCUUCCAGAGGCAAAGUGACUUGUUCAGGAUCUGGUGGGUGAUUUGACCCUCCUGUGAGGGUGAAAUCAGUCCUUUCAGCUACCCCCCAACCCAAGCAUGGCCUUAUGGGUAAAGCAAUGAAACUAAGCUGGGAGGAUUCUGUCUGGGCCUGGGAGGUCCCUGAAGGCAAAGAGGGACUCUGCCCCAGCUGUCUUUCUGUGAGGGAUGGGGAAAUAGCACGGGCAGCACCCCCAGCCCCUCUCCAGCUCUGGUUGUCAGGUAUGCCUGCCCGGUGCUCACCUUGCUAUGAAGAGCUGGGAGAGGCCUGCAGGGUAGGGGGAAGGAGUGCACGACCUCAGGAAAGGAAGUGUGAACCCUGAGGUCAUCAGCCCCCACUCCCCUUCAGUUUUGGGGGUCUCAGCCCCCUGCCCCACCUACCCAUUCAUUUAUUCAAAAAUAAGAGCUAAUAUUUAUUGACAUCUGUGUCAUGCCAGGCAUUUUACUUGGAUAAUUUCAUUUGUUUCUCUCAGUCGAUAUUUAUUAUCUGCUCUUCUGUGCCAGGCACCGUGCCCUAGGACAGGGGUACCUCACACUGCCUCCCUGGUGGAGCUUAUGGUCCAGCGGGCAAGGCUAACCUAAGGCCACCCCGACGGCCAGCAGGGCUGGGGCAAGAGUACAAAUGGAGGCCUCAUACUAGACAUCAAAAUGGUGUAAAGUUAUAAAUCAAGCUAACAACUGUUCAAUAAAAUGUGUUCUAUUAUCUUA